AGGACCCAAAACAAGCUCGAUCAAGCGUCAACACCGGGAAACAGCAAUGCCAAUCCCUUGGGAAGUAUGAGCGCAAGAGAGCAAGCUACUUCGCGGUCCACCAUCGGUAGUGGAGGGUCGGCGCCUCGAAAAAGCUUUCAGGAAGCGACGCCAAUAGGAUCAGUGGCGACAGAGCCCAUAGCAGAAAGCAGGACUCCAUCAGGCUCACAACAGCAGAUUCAAACUUCAGCGACUUCCGAUACGGUUUUCUCUGAUUCUGAAAGAGAGAGGAAGGGACCGAUGUCUUGGCUUAGGAACAAGAUCCAGGAAAGGAAGGACAAGGAGGUUGAAAAACGAUCGGGAACGCCUGAGAGGGGGCAUGAACGGAACAGAAGCAAGCAAGACCUCCAACUUCCCGGCGAAGGCUUGCCUGUUCGUGGAAAGUCGUUCGAGCAGUCACGUGUUGUCUCGGACAGGUUUUCGUCUGCUUCUGAAGUGCGAGCUGUGCAUGCGCCAAUAGCUGGGAUCAGCGAGGCUCAGGCAACGGGCACGGAGGCGCGUGUCAAUGGCACAAGCAACGAGGAAAUUGGCGCAAGUGCAGGAUUGAAUGAUGCGAAGAGUAAAUAAUGCGUCGAUAGCGUCAAUUGAAGUAUAUUUGUAGCGG